ACCGCCCCCACAGCUGUUCGAGCAUGCGACGCCACUGGUUUCGGUAAUUUAAACGUGGCCGUUUUGGGUUUUAAUUCCUCAAAAAAGCUACUUAUCGGUCAAACAAAACAAUGGGUAACGAUUUAACUGUGAUAGUAAAAUAGGCGCGUUUUUUUUAUUUCGGCUGGGCCCCCCUCCCCGUUCGCGUGAAAGACUGCAAUCGAUGUUUAGUGUUAGGUACCUACCCCCUUGCCAUAUUAAUUGAUGUUUAAAGCUGAAAAAUGGCUUUGAAGAAGGUGAAAGGCAACUUCGAACGCAUGUUCGAUAAAAACCUCACGGAUCUCGUGCGAGGGAUACGAAACAAUAAGGAGAAUGAGGCGAAGUACAUCUCGCAAUGCAUGGAGGACAUAAAGCAGGAGCUGAGGCAGGAUAAUCUUUCGGUGAAGAGCAACGCGAUUGCGAAACUGACUUACCUACAAAUGCUCGGGUACGACAUCUCCUGGGCUGGUUUUAAUAUAAUCGAAGUGAUGAGUUCCAAUAAGUUCACAUUGAAACGCAUCGGCUAUUUGGCAGCAAGUCAAUCUUUUCAUUGCGAUUCGGAGCUCUUAAUGUUAACAACGAAUAUGAUACGAAAGGAGCUCAAUUCGCAGAAUCAGUACGAAUCGGGCCUGGCCUUAACCUCGCUGAGUUGCUACAUCAGCGCCGACCUGGCGCGUGACUUGUCCAACGAUAUUCUAACGCUAUUAAAUUCGACCAAGCCGUACAUACGUAAGAAGGCGGUCCUAAUGAUGUACAAGGUCUUCUUGAAGUACCCCGACGCCUUGCGUCCCGCGUUCCCCCGCCUCAAGGAGAAGCUCGAAGAUCCCGAUCCGGGCGUGCAGUCGGCGGCGGUUAACGUCGUGUGCGAGCUGGCGCGGAAGAAUCCCAAAAACUACCUUAGUCUCGCUCCCGUGUUCUUCAAACUGAUGACGACCAGCACCAACAACUGGAUGCUGAUCAAAAUCAUUAAGCUGUUCGGAGCUUUAACACCCUUAGAACCUCGGCUAGGCAAAAAGUUGAUAGAACCCCUAACUAAUUUAAUCCAUAGCACGUCGGCGAUGAGUCUCCUGUACGAGUGCAUCAAUACGGUGAUAGCGGUCUUGAUUAGUAUAUCGUCGGGGAUGCCCAAUCACGCUGCCAGCAUACAGCUCUGUGUCCAAAAGUUGAGGAUACUGAUCGAGGAUUCGGAUCAAAAUUUAAAGUACCUGGGGCUGUUGGCCAUGUCGAAAAUACUCAAGACCCAUCCGAAAAGCGUGCAGGCGCACAAAGAUCUGAUUUUGCAGUGCAUGGAGGAUAAGGACGAGUCGAUACGGUUGCGCGCGCUCGAUUUACUCUACGGCAUGGUCUCGAAGAAGAACCUCAUGGAGAUCGUAAAGAAGCUGAUGGUCCACAUGGAUCGCGCCGAGGGCACGAUGUACCGCGACGAGCUGCUGAGUAAGAUCAUCCUGAUCUGCUCGCAGAAUAAUUACCAGUUCAUCACCAAUUUCGAGUGGUACGUGACGGUGCUCGUCGAGCUGGCGCAGAUGGAGUUCGGGUCGAAGCAGGGGCACGUGAUCGCCGCGCAGCUGAUGGACGUUUCGAUACGCGUGCAGGCGAUACGUUCGUUUGCCGUCGCCGAAAUGGCGCAGUUACUCGAGGUCUACUCGUCGUCUACUCAACUUUCGAUAAUGCAAGAUGUGCUGUACGCCGCCGCUUGGCUCUGUGGCGAGUUCGCUAGCGAGUUGAAGAAUGUGGAGCAAACGCUCAUGGCGAUGUUGCAGUACAAGGCGCUGCCGCAACACAUCGAGUCAGUUUUCAUUCACAACAUUUUGAAACUGUUCGCCCGACUUUUGGAACGGUACGAGACGGAGUGCAAGUACGACGAGAUUAUCAAGUACUGCGACUUAAUCGACGCGAAAUUGAGCGAGAGCAUCAAGUCGGCCGAACUCGAAGUGCAGGAACGCUCGAGUACCACUUUAAUUAUCGUCAAAAUUGUUAGGGAUGCAAUUUCGGAAAGUGAGUGCUAUAGUUUUUCUGUGGUUUUGAUUUAUCGCGUUCCCUCUGCAGGAAAGCAGGAGACCAACGGGAAAAUUAUGGACGACGAUUCGUUCGAUGAAAAAAAGGGGGACGCACCACUUGCCGCCGAGUUGCUAUCGUUGUUUGCGGGUGAACUUAACCCGGUCGCACCCCGCGCCCAAAAGAAGGUUCCCGUUCCCGAUGGCUUAGAUCUAGACGCCUGGAUACACGAGCCGCUUGAAGAGUCCGAAUCGGACAGCGACAACAUUUACGACGACCAUCUCUUCGUUAAACCGGAUAAGACUGAAUACAAGAGCGAGAAGCACGUCGAGCCGACCGAGGAGGAGCUUCAAAAGAGUCGCGAGGCGAGAAAGUUGGAGCAGAUGAAUAAUCCGCACUACCUGAAGGGGGCGGCGAAGAAGCGCGACUAUGAAAACGUCGAAAGCAUCCCAAUAAGCGAGCUCGACAUUCCGAUUAAGCUCGUAACAAGCAGCCAUAAGCGAUCCGAUAAGUACCUGACGAGCGACAAGAAAAAGAAGAAGAAAAAGAAGGCAAAGAAAGAAGAGAGUUCGUCCGACGAAGCCGAGCCGACCGUCGGAUCCACGCUGAUGGUCAACAAAAACAUGGAGCUACCCGAAGGCGCCACGUUAUCCGACACCGAAAGCGUCCACGACAACUUGGACGAUCCCCAUCGCGCCCUGGACAUCGAUCUGGAAACGGUAACCAUGGCGCAUGUAGACCAAAAGAAACCGAAGAAGAAGAAGGAGAAGAAAAAGGUGAGCGAGAAGCAUCACGCCAGUCACGAGGUCGUAAAUUUGCUCGACACCGGCGGUAAGAAGACGAAAAAGACGAAGAAGGAGAAAAAGGGAAAGCUGAAGAAGCCCGGCUACGAGGAGGCGGUCGGCAUUUCGACGCCGAGCAAGGAGUUUCAAUAAUCUAAAUCUGUGAUUAAUCGGAUGUUGGGAAAAAGUACCUUUUUCUUACAUUACUCUAAAUGUUCGUCCACCUUCGAAAGGCACGUUUGGGAGUUUUUAUAUAUUUUUCUAUUGUCGCAAAUGUGCCUUUUUAUUUACUUAAAACAAUCCGCUUUCAAGAGAGUUUAUGUUAAUCCGUUAAGACGAAUGUUAAGUUUUACAUUUACAAUUUUGUGUAUGAAUAAAUAAUUACCCUGUA